AGAUGCCUGGGACAAGUCUAUAAAUACCGUUCCAAUAAGCUUGCCUUUGUUUGCCUCCAUGCGAAUAUUAUCGGUGAACAUAGCAGAGGUAAGCUCUGUCGGUCUUCAGAUAACAAGUUUUCAGACUCAAGGUGUUAAAUGGGCUAAGCAUGGACUGUUCUUUUAAGAAUCUUGGAAAGUAUAGGUAACACCAAAAUUGAUCGAUAAUUGUCUGGAUAGCUGGCACUAGCGGUUUUAAAUAUUGGUGUAACCUUUUCUUUUUUCCAAACGCAUGGUACUGUGUUCCUCCUGAGUGAUAAGUUAACAGGAUGUGUCAGAGGCUUGUAGAAGGUUUUCGCACAGUCUUUCAGCAUGUUUGGAGGUAGAGCAUCUAGACCGGGAGCCUUUUUUCGUUUCAGCUGUUUUAACUGAUUCAGAAUAGAUUAUUCUGAGACAGUUUCAAUGUUCUUGGUAGAGUGUAGGUCUCGCCAAACAAAAUCCCGAAAUUGGAUGGCUUUCGACUUAAGUGAAUGAAUUACUUUUACAUAAUGUUCAGAAAAACGUUCGACCCGGUACUUUUUUAAAAUCUCCGGAUGAUGUGGCAUUGUGUGAGGCUUUUGAAGGAAAGAUCUUUUUAAUGAUUCUUCAGAAACCUUUAGGGUUGUUACGAUUUUUGGCUAGUAGAUUUUUUUUGAAUCUGCUUUUCGCAUAUUUCUUCAAAUUGUUACAAUGGUUACGGAGUGUCUUAUGAUUUUUUCAGUUAUUUUCGUCCUUCAUACGGCAUGCUUAACAUAGUGCUUUGUCACGGUUGUUCUGUGCAGCUUUCGUAUCUUUGUCGAGCCAAGGACAAUGCCUUCCUUUAACUCACUUGUCAAUGAAUGGUAAAGGUUUGUUAAAUGUCUCAUUUAAGGUAGUAUUGAGAUUCUUUACAGCUUUCACUUCACUUAAUGGUAAACACAAGACCAAUCUUUCUGUCGAAGUUCAUUGUUUACAUCAAUAAGGUUAUACUAUGAGUAAUCCUGAAUACGAAUAGUAACUACAUACAGUAACUACACUACAUACGAAGUUUAAGUCCAUAAAUGCGUGAUGCUAAUAUAGAAACAACCAACGCAAUCACUUGUGGAUGCGAAAUACGAAAUUAGCAAGCGGAAUUAAGGCUGUCAUGAUGAUGUCAUUAUUUUCUACACGAACUUUAUGACGUCACCUUUGACGCCCUGUUUUAAUAUAUUUUUCUAUAAUUGUAGUGUUUUCUAGUAACACAGAUUUUGUUUUGAAAUCUGUUAGGAUAUAUAUAUAUUGUUGGAGGUCAUGAUUUCAAUUUCUGCUUUUUAUAUUUCAAGAAAAGUCAGUUUUUAUGCUGCUGCAAAAGACAAUAGAAAUAGUGAAAGUUUGUGUGCGUACAUAAUAAACCACCCUUUCCCUCCUUGACUGUACGUAAUUUGAUUGAUUAUCUCCCUGGCUGUCAGACAUGUUUAAUAAAUUUUCUUGUUUGUUAAAUAAGUUUUUAUAUUUUCCAUAUUGUUUUUAUAUAUAGCCUCUGACUGAAACAGCUUUUGCAUGCAAAAAAUUGAAAAAUGACUGACACCUCUGUUAAAAUAGAAGUUGUUGAAAGUUACCUUGCUGAGCAAGCAGAUGAAAUUGGAGAUGUUAGAGCAAGCAAAAACAAAAAAGAACUUAAUGUUGCGCUGCAAGAAAACAAUAUUUCCACUAACCAAGCAUGUACCAAUGCAAAUCCUACCAAAAAUUUAAUUCGAGAAAAUGGAAUUUGUAUUGAACAAAACAAUAUGCGCAAUUCAGAUGUUUGUAUCAACGAAGGAGAAAACGCAGAACAGAGAGAUGAUACGAGAUCCUUAGAUUCUUUUAAUGACUCCUUAAAUAACACUCCACUCCACAUAGGACAAUCUAAAACGCUCGAUACCUUAUAUUUUUCUAAUCAAGGCACCUGCGAUGAAGAGCAAUACAAUUCAGUAUUAUUACUUUGUGCGAAUCACGUUAAACGCAUUUCCAAUUUACCGGUCACCGAUAAUUUAUCCAUCUUAACAAAUGACAGCGUUGUGGUCUCAAAUAAUGACAGUAAUUGUGAAAUUAUUAUAUCAGAAGAAAUAGCUGAUAGAACUCGUAAUGAGAUAAUAUUCAGUAACAAAGAUAUCUCAACUUACAACAGUUCAUUUUUAAAAGUCUCAGGUUCAGAUAACGCUUGUCAUUCGUCUACUAUCGAUGACUCUUUACCUCCGUCUUAUAAAUCUCUUGUGGAAAACAUUUUGAUAGAUUCCCCACCAGACUAUGAAACAGUUACGGGGGUACAUGUGAACAUAGAAGAGGUGUUGAAAGAGAAAGUAGCGAAGAGAAGAAAUGGACGGAACAUGAGAAGUGAACAUACACGAAGCUGUUCAGAAUUUGGUCAGCUACCAAAAUAUUUUCUUUGUGGAGCUGCUCUCCUUCUUCUUGGUUUUGUCAUCAUUUUCACACAAAUUUCUCUGUCAUGAGGCACAAAAAGAUGAUUCUCUAAUUCGCUUUGUUCAACGGAGAAUAGUUUCAUCGGAGAAGAUGUUUCUCGGCGCGUUAAGAAGAUGAAUUAAUGUUGAAGUAUCCGUGUCGUCUUAUAAAUGUGAGUUUUUAACCUGUUUAUUAGCUUCAACUGUGCUUGAAGAAAUAAAAUAAAGUUUUUUUAUUGACAGUAAUUUAAGUACGGUGGCCACAAAUACUUCCAAUAAUUGUGCAAGGAACGUACGUAUGAUUGUACAUGAUGUAUGAAUCAUUAAUUCUUCUUAAAUAAUUGAAGUUUAAAA